UCUUCCUCUCUCUCUCUUUCUUAAUCCAUGCAUGCGUAAUAAACCUUCAACUACUCCCUCCCUCUCCUCCAAUCGCCUUUAAUUUUCCUGUCUACCUCUCCUCUUCUCCCUUCGUCACGUCUCCUCCCUUCCUCUCCUCCCACCCCUCCAUGGCGUCACCCGCAGGCAGCUUCGAUACCUCAGCCAAUUCGACGCCCCCGGCGGCCUUCACCUUCUCGUCCCCCUACGCCUCCUUCUCCGAUCUCCUCGCUGGCGGGGGGGGCGACGACGGCGGCGGCGGCGGGGGCCGGUCGUUGAGCAGGGACUUCGCGGGGACCGGUGGAGGCGGCGUGCCCAAGUUUAAGUCUGCGCCUCCUCCUUCGCUGCCUAUCUCCCGGCCUCCCAUAUCUCCUUCCUCCUGCUUCGCCAUCCCGGCCGGCCUCAGCCCUGCUGAGCUCUUAGACUCGCCGGUCCUCCUCUCCUCUGCUAACAUCUUGGCAUCUCCGACCACAGGGACUUUUCCGGCACAAGCUUUGAACUUGAGAAUCGCCUCUGCUGCUUGUCGACCGGAGAACAAAGACGGAACCAGAGCCUCCUCUGAUUUCUCGUUCCAAACCAUCGCAAACCCCCGCAGCUUUCUGCCUGCUUUGGGAGCCCUGAAAGGCCACGAGCCCUGGAAGCACCACGAUGCCGGCAAUCACGACUCCGGGUUGUCUUCCAUGAGAUCCAACAUCAAGGUUGAAGCUGUUGCCCCAGUCCGAACAGAUUCGUUCGAGAUCCCAACUCUGCAGGCAAACUCUCAGGCCGGCCAUGGCAGUGCGGUCCAAACGGAUUACGGGCAUUCCAAUCAAGCUUCUCUGGCCCUCAAAGACCAGAGGAAGUUGGACGACGGAUACAACUGGAGGAAGUAUGGGCAGAAGCAGGUCAAAGGAAGCGAAAACCCGCGAAGCUAUUACAAGUGUACGUACCCGAAUUGCCCGACGAAGAAGAAGGUGGAGAGGUCUUUGGAUGGACAGAUCACUGAGAUCGUGUACAAGGGAACGCACAACCACCCGAAGCCUCAGGCCAAUAGGAGGAGCUCGUCGGCUGCUGCUCAAGCGAUCCAGGGUCCCGUGCCUUCCGAAGCAUCCGAGAACUCUUUCGGCGGGCGGUCAGGCACGCCAUUGGAUUCGGUUCCGACGCCCGAUGAUUCGUCGGUGUCUUUUGGCGACGACGACGUCGAUAUGAGCUCGCAGAGGAGUAAUCAGGGAGGUGACGACUACGAGGAGGACGAGCCGGACGCCAAGCGAUGGAAGGCGGAAGGUGAAAGCGAAGGGCUGUCGGCCGCUGGAAACAGGACCGUGCGGGAGCCCCGGGUGGUGGUUCAGACCCAGAGUGACAUCGACAUCCUUGACGACGGCUACCGGUGGAGAAAAUACGGGCAGAAGGUGGUGAAGGGGAACCCAAAUCCAAGGAGUUACUACAAAUGCACCACCAUGGGGUGUCCGGUGAGGAAACACGUGGAGAGGGCGUCGCACGAUCUGAGGUCGGUGAUCACGACAUACGAAGGCAAGCACAACCAUGAUGUUCCGGCAGCUAGGGGAAGCGGCGGCGGCGGCGGCGGCGCGCACUUGCUCGCCAGGCCGCAGCCGGAGAACAACGGCAUGGCUGCGGCGAUACGCCCGUCGGUCAUGGCCAACCAUGCCAACCCUAACAAUGUGUUCCGAGGAAGACCGGGUGCAUCAGAGAGUCAGGCUCCAUUUAAGCUAGAGAUGUUGCAGAGCACGGGGAGCUAUGGGUUCUCAGGCUAUCAGAACUCCAUGAAUGCCUACAUGAAUCAGCAGCAGCAGCAGCAACAAGCGCAGAUGUUCCCCAACAAAACCAAAGAAGAGCAAAAGGAGGACUCGUUUCUCGACUCACUGCUGUGUUGAUACCCAAGGAUGCGAUGAUACGGAGCACAGAGAGAGGGGUUUUAGUCACUACAGCUUGUAAAUUCCAUGAGGUUUUGGUUGCAAGUUCAUAGUGAUACUGGAUUCCAUUUGUUUAUUUGUUUGGGGCCUUAUCGGACAUCAAAGUGGCCUCCUCUAGUCUUUGUUGUCAUACUAUCAUGUAAAUCAAAAUAUUAGUAGAAUUGCAUACUUUGUUGAAGCUAA